AUGGUUUUCCGCAGGCGUUGGCAAAUGAAUUUGCAAUGGAAUAAGUUUACUGGCUGUUUCGAUUUCAUUUCGCAUUCGAGAUUCAUUCCACGUUUAAGAGUACUGCCUGAAGAACUACAAGAAGAUGGGAGCAAUAUUCAAUCAGAUGAGUCGUUAUCUGUAGAGUCCCAUGUUAUUCAUGAGAAUAAAAAGGAUAGCGAAAAUGAAGCCGAGGAGGAACAUGAGGUGUCAGAAAACGAAGAGAUUGACGGACUUAGAACUAAUAUGCCUUAUGAAUUGAGAAAUGAGGCUGGCAGGAGAUGGUAUAAAUAUUUUGAUGAAUACGAAUACAGAAUGAAUGAAGAAUACAAAAAGUCUCGGAAAUGGUACGAAUUUUUGUAUCCUAAUCAUGCUACACAGACAAAGGCUGAAAGAAAACUGCUCUACAAGUUAGAUCUCGUUCUUGCACUAUAUUUGUUGGUCCUUUGUUGGUCGAAAUCAGUUGACACCAACAAUUACACAAGUGCAUACAUCUCUCAUAUGAGAGAAGAUUUGAACAUGAAAGGUAACGAUUAUAUUUAUACUUCCACUAUAUCAAACAUUGGUGCGAUUGUAUUCCAACUGCCAUUCAUGUAUUUGUUACCAAGAUAUCCGGCUCAUAUUAUGCUCCCUGCAAUGGACAUGGGUUGGACUUGGUUUACAUUCGCCUGCUAUAGGGCGAAAACAUUGGCAGAAUUGAGGGCUUAUAGAUUCAUUCUGAAUGCAUUUGGUGCUGCUUACUAUCCAGUAUCACAAUACCUUCUUGGCUGCUGGUAUGCUCCUGAUGAGAUCAGUUCAAGAGUUUGUUUGUUUUUCUGCGGUCAAUUAUUAGGCGGUGUCACCUCAGGUCUGCUGCAGGCUCGGAUCUUCCGGAGUUUAGAUGGUGUCCAUGGUUUAGCAGGGUGGAGAUGGAUGUUCCUGAUAGACGCGGUUGCAAUCUCUUUACCAACAGCUAUCAUGGGAUUUUUCAUUUUGCCAGGUAUUCCGUCAAAGUGCUACUCUCUUUUCUUUACAGAUGAAGAGAUCAGAAUUGCUCGUGCUAGAAAUAAAAGAAAUCACAUUAAAGAUUCCGUGAAGGAAUCAGAGUUAAAGCCAUUGUGGAGUAAAGAUAUUUGGAAAAAAGUCUUUUGUACUCCAGCAUUUUGGGUGCUCGUUGUUUUUGACACCUGUUCUUGGAAUAACAUGACAGCCUUUAGCGGUUCAUAUUCGUUAUGGCUAAGAUCCAACCCUAACUAUUCAAUCGAACAUGCCAAUAACUUAAGUGUCUUGCCAGCAUGUUUAGGUUUCGUCUACGUUUUUAUUUGUGCUUUCGGCGCAGAUCUUUUCCGCUGCAAAUGGAUCUUUAUGGUAUUUGCUGCUAUUAUGAAUACCGUUUCAUGCGCUAUCUUAAUCAAGUGGGAUGUCUCAAGUUCUGCCAAAUGGUUUGCUUUUUUGACAACAUACUUUAGUGUUAGUGCAUCGCCUUGUCUGUGGUCUUUUAUCAACGAUUUUUUAAGAUUGGACCCGCAAGUAAAGGCUGUUACAUGGAUUGCUAUCUAUUCAAUUUCGCAAUCCACAUAUGCAUGGAUCCCAUCACUUGCUUGGCAAACCAUCGAAUCGCCAAGAUUUAAGACUGGUUACACUGUCAGUUUGAUAUUUGGUGCUAUAUAUGGUCUAUGGACUUUUGUGGUGCUGUAUUUCUACAAAAGAAACGAAAAGAAGCACGCUUUGGGCAAUGGUAUCAUCUUGUAUGAUACUGAUAAAGACAUCGAAAUUCCACAAUUUGUUCAUAGGGAUAUGGAAGAGAAAAAUGGUUAUUACUACUUGAAAGAGUAG